AUUAACAACAGAACCGUUUGCACGAGCUUGUGUAUUAUGACAUUGUUGCUGACAUAAUUUAGGCUUAGUGGUCGGUAUAAAGAAGUGCAUCCCGUGUUUCGGGUGAUUAGACACAGAUAUUAUUUUUAGUCGUGCGUAAUCGAAGCGAAAAGGAAAGAGCAAGUGUGCUAUCGCCCAGCACACUGACAGAAAUUUGGCGAGCUAAAUUGAGCUCAACCCUAUCCGCCAUGACAUCGACCAUAGUGCUGGGUUGUCGUUGAGCGGUAUAAACACGCCGUUUUUGUGUAUGUUUUCUUGAAUUUCGUAAUUACCACGUACGUUUGGAUUUGUAUAUUCUAUGGAGGUGGCGGUGCCGUGUAUGUGCAAACACAACGUCGGCAAGUGAUAAAUUUUCUGGGAUAAUUUGCAUCACCAUUUGUGCUGAAGAUCGGCCAUUCUGUGAGCGACAGAAUCCCUCAUUUGACAUAAUUGAGCUUUUAGCAAGGUCUUACGUGCCAUCCCCCUGUGGAGGUGUUUAGUUCAACGAAGGACGGAGCAGGAAGAUUUUAUAAUAUCUUUAGAUGGCUUCAAACGCAGGACAAAAUGGGCCCAUGGAGAGCUCGACCGAUGACCCUCAGAAAAAACAAGGAACACGAGUAUUCAAGAAAAGCAGCCCCAAUGGAAAGAUAACAACCUACUUGGGAAAGAGAGACUUCAUCGACCAUCUCACUCACAUUGAUCCUAUAGAUGGCGUUGUGCUGGUCGACCCGGAGUAUCUGAAGGACAGGAAAGUGUUUGCCCAUGUUCUGGCAGCGUUCCGCUAUGGGCGAGAGGACCUGGAUGUUCUGGGACUCACGUUCCGGAAGGACCUAUACCUGUCCUCCCUACAGGUGUAUCCACCCCUCAAGGAGCACCAGAAGCCCCUGACACGCCUACAGGAGAGACUCAUCAAGAAGCUCGGCCCCAAUGCAUACCCCUUCUACUUUGAGCUGCCGCCAAAUGCUCCAGCCUCCGUCACACUUCAGCCCGCACCAGGGGAUACUGGGAAGCCAUGUGGUGUGGACUAUGAGAUGAAGACAUUUGUAGCAGAUUCAAUUGAGGAGAAGCCCCACAAGAGGAACUCUGUUCGUUUAGCUAUCCGCAAGUUAACAUAUGCUCCCGAGGAGCCAGCACCGCAGCCAAAUGCUGAGGCAGUCAAAGACUUCAUGAUGAGCCCCGGGAACAUUAGACUAGAAGCAUCGCUGGACAAAGAGAAAUAUUACCAUGGAGAGGGGCUAGCGAUAAAUGUUUUGGUGGACAAUAACACAAGUAAAACUGUCAAGAAAAUCAAAAUUUCAGUGCGGCAGUUUGCAGAUAUCUGUCUCUUCUCAACUGCACAGUACAAAUGCACCGUUGCUGAGCUGGAGAGCGAUAAUUCCAGAGAGGGUUUCCCCAUCCAGCCAAGCCAAACAGGCUUCUGCAAGGUCUAUCACUUAACCCCUUUACUAUCAAACAACCGAGACAAGCGUGGCCUGGCCCUGGACGGCAAGCUGAAGCAUGAGGACACCAACCUGGCAUCUUCUACAAUAAUGACUGACAGUAGUCAGAAAGAGAGUCUCGGCAUCGUCGUCUCCUACAGGGUCAAGGUCAAGCUCAUUCUGGGAUUUGGAUCUGGGGACCUGUCGGUGGAGUUGCCAUUCACGUUGACGCACCCCAAGCCCCCAGAGUCCCCACCCCCAUCACGCCCAGCAAGUCUGGUGCCCGCAGAAGGGGGAGACGCUCCAGUCGACACCAACCUCAUACAGCUCGACACAAACGGAGAGGCAUUCUAUGGCGACAAGGAUGACGACUUUAUAUUCGAGGACUUUGCUCGCCUUCGCCUCAAGGGCCACGAAGGAGAUGACACAGAGGCCUAACCACCCCCAAACCCAGAAAUGUACUGAUUGUGUGAUUACAGCACCGAAUGUCAAGCUCAAGGGGGGAUAACCCACGACAAGUGAAUGAGUGGGCCUUUGGAGUUAUCUCCCCUCCAGCUCCUAAAGCUAUAGUGUUUUUAUUGAAGACAGACCCUAUUUAUGCUAAUAACUGUACAAGAAGAUGUUUGUGGAUGUUAGCUGUACUAGCCUCACACGGUGGCCAUCUUGUGCUGGCGGCCAACAACUGUUCCCUAAGCUUGUUGAAGUGCAUUUAUUAUAAUGGCAGAGUGAUAUGAUACUUCCCUCCCAACUUACUAUAUAUCGCAUUGAACAUUGCAAAAGCUUUUCUAGGAUUUUUGUUCUUGUUUUCAGACAGACACAACUUUUAGUUUAGUAUGAGCGAUGUAUUCUAAUUGUGUAAUAGAUUUUGAUUUUAAAGAAAUAUUUUCUGUCAAAUGGUGACAUGGACCCAAAAUUUACACAGCGUCUCUACCAAAAAUUCAAAUAAUGUGUUUGGUUUCUAUUCUUUGAAACAUCAACAUACGCAUGCAAGCUAUUGUUACAGCUUUUAAUCAGUGAAGACAAUGAUGACUGUCUCAUCGGGAAUACUCAUUGUUUAAUGCAGAUGGACUAAUAGUAUCCAUGAAGGUUAUUUAUAGAUAUGAAAUGUGUUCAAAUCCAAAUCUUUCCUACUUAAAGUUUUAACAUGAAUGGAAUUUCUCAAAACCCAUUCACAAGAGACCACAGUGUAAGGUGUAUAUUUAUGUCUAACUACUGAUCUGAAAACGGGUAUAUGUUCAUGAGCAUCCAAGGGAGACAACUCUAGGAUCAAUCGCUACCAAAGUAUACUGGAAUUCUGUGUUUGCGCUUUGUCCUAGUAAGAAUCUAUCCAAACCAAUCUUUAUAAUGACUGAAGUUAAAUUUGUCCAACUUAAACUAGAUUGUCUGGAAAUAUUUUCCGAAUUUUUCAUUUUAUAUUAAUUUUUCACAAGUUCUGUUCCAUGUUUUGAUGUUGUUUGUUUAUGACAAAUAGAAUUAUACCUCUGGAUGUCUCACUCAAAAUGAAGUUAGUGGGAGUUGACUUUUUUGUAUAACCCAUGCUUGUAAUGGCUAUUGUUAAAAUGUCACACAAAUAUGUAUCUUCAUUUCUUUAUGAAGAAAAAAGCAUACCUGCAUGGAUGUGUUUUCAUUCGUUGGGUGUUGAUGUUGGUUGAAAUAGUUACGGGGAACUGGUCUGUAUCUUACUGGAAGAUGCAGUUAAAGCUCUCAGUUAAAUAUUGUCAACAAAAUUUGUACGUUUGAUAAUGUUUGUCAAGUACGCAAAUGGUUAGUGAGUGAAAGCAGACUCACUUGAGUUGUGUCCCUUUCUUCAGCAAAUGUCCUUGACCUUUGUCAAAAUGGUUGCAGUAUGCUGCAGAUGAAACUGAUGAUGUAUUGAUAAAGUUACGAGUUACACCACACCCAUCCAUCUUCAAAGACUGAUCAAUAUUGAUAUUAGCUUACAUUGGAUGGAUCUUAUAUUAAAUUGGUUCAUGUGACAGUUUUAUCAAAUCUUAGUCAUUUUAGGGUAAGUUUGAUUACUUGACAAAAUUAGCGAGAUUCCCUUGAAACGUCUGGUGUGUACAAAAUGUCAUCUGGUUAUUUGUCAAGUUUAUUUAUUUUAUACUUGUUUUAUUGUUUGUAAUGGAUUCAUGUGCGAUCAUUUGUUAUACUUUAUUCAUGUCUUGUUGAAGGUUGUUUUGUCAGUAAGGAGAAAGAAUCUGCAACACAAACUAGAAUGUUUUUUUACAAGUGUAAGAACAUGUGUAUGUCUUUGUAAAGUAAAACUUACAGGUAAUGUGACUGAACGUCAUUGUAGAUUACAGGAGACUGAACUCUGGUCAAACAAUUUGCGCAAAGAUCAUGAUCGUCCUGUAAAGAUUUUCAGAAAUCAUGAAUCUUAUUUAGCCUGGUUUGGCCUGGCUGGUUUACGGAUAUUUUUCAGAAAGAUCUUGGUCAGUAUGUGGAAAUAGAAAUAAAAUGGAAGAAUUAGAAUGUCUGGGUAGUGUGCAUUAUUUAUGAAGCCAAAGGUUGCAGAUAGAUAUAUUGUAAAAAAACAGAGCGUCAAUUCAACUAUCAGGUUCAGUUGGUUUCCGCCAUUCUUCUAUACUUUGUUAAGGUCCAUGAAUCCCGAAAACCAAUUUCUUCAAGAGUCUUGCCUAAUGGGCUGUGAGUCCGUAUCACAUGGGCUGCUGGUAUGUUAUGACUUGUUUUGGACCAGUGUGAAAUAUGGACUUACACCAUGUAUGGCCACAACAAAGUAAUGAUUUAUCAUACGGUUAUUUUUCCCAGAGUGUGGAUAAAUAAUUAUUUUUGAAUGGCAUUGUUUUGGAAGCGUGAAUGAUUUGAGAAUCCAAAGAACAUGUCUUGUUCAUGAUGACUUUACAAAGCAAUGGUAGUCGUAGACCAGUGAAUCAAGACCAGUGAAACAGUCAAACCGGUAUUAUUCAGGUGAAAAUAUUUUCUAGUAUGUUAAAACAAUCACUUUUACCAGAUCAUAACAAUUAAUAUUAAACCGAAGCGAGAGAUUUUGCACGGAUUGAGUGUGAAUAUAUUUUGAGGGACAACCUUUCUAUAUGACUAGUUCAAUGUACUGUUGUUUUCAUUCUGAAUGGUUCGAAUUUGAUUAAAAAAAACUUGUCUGAAUUCUGUAAAAAACGUUCUGAAAGCUCUCCCAAUUCGUCGAUGUGCUUUUUUGUGUUCUGUUUAUCACCGCAGGUUCUCAAAUAUGGAGACAAGUGCAAUGACAUGUGAAACAUGGUUACACAUACUUGUGACAACGUUUCCAAUCAAGGUACCUUUUAUUGAAUAAAUAUUGUUAGACUUUG